AUGGCUGAGCAACAAAACCCCUUAGAGGCGAUCGCCCAGCAAAUGGCUCAAAUGAUGCAGGCCAUAAAUAAUCUCACUGCGAAGCAAGCGCAAUAUGAGAAUCAAAUUCAUAACAGGGCAUCCACUAGCCAAGCUACCGACAACGGAGAUGCAUCGAAAUACGCGCUGGGAGCAGUUCUAUCGCAAAUCAAUGAUAACAAAGAUCAUCCAGUAGCAUUUGCCUCAAGAACGCUUUAUAAACAUGAAAUCAACUACUCAACCACCGAGAAGAAAGCAUUGGCCAUCAUAUGGGCCAUAGACAAAUUUAACACUUACCUCCACGCAUUUCUUUUUUCGCUAAUUCAAAGCAACAAAAUAGUCACCAGAAACACAUACACAAAAUACAUAACAUUCUACAAUCUGCGGGAUGCUCUGAAGAGUCAACUUACAACGCCAGUUCUUCGGGAUGCCAUAGAAGUCGCUAUUGUAAACUUGGCCGCUGUUUAUAUAGAUGCUGAAUUCAUAAAACUUCUGUGUGCCGUGGAUAUGUUUUUUGCCAUGUUCCCGAAACACAAGCUUACUAAAUUGAGGUUCGGAACGCUCAUAUUGUCGUACAAAGAUUGUACAGGUGUUGCAGCAAUCGGACAUGGUUGCGAGCUAAUGAGCCAUAACACACGUAUAUUCACCCGAUGGCUAAUGACCCCGACCCUGCGUCAGGAUUUUAAUCGCAUGAACAUCCCGGGUCAAGAGAUCACGUUGCCUUACUCUUAUGGCCCUUAUUUAUCCGGUUUGGGAUUAGUAGACAAGAGUCCAUAUUCGGCUGCACUCGACUGUGGGUUACACAUGUUCUCACACUUAAUCGGAUGUGCAUUAUUAUCUACCAGGUCCAUUAACGCUAUAUUCUUCCAGCCCAGCGGAUUGAGCUCAGUAAUAGACAACGCAAUCUUAUUCAUUUAUGCGCAUUCAUGCACCAGCUCUCUCCAAUUGCAGUUCUUCAAGAAGAGUGAGAUUGAUACUGUGAAAGGAAUUGAGAAUGAAGCAAGGCGUCAGAUUGAGUCUCUACGUAAGCAGUUACGAUCCCUGGAAGAUGCAGAAGUUGCCUCCGCUGAUGGAGAGGCUGGAGGUGUGGACCCAGAGGCAGAACCCAUUCAGGAUAACACUGGUCUUGGCGGGGCCGGUGAUCUGGAUAAUGUAGAAGACGCCGGAGAUUUCGACGAUCUCUAUCCGGAAGAACCCCGCAGUCGAGAUGCACUGGAUUGGUACGCGUAUAUUGCCAAGUAUUGUCGGGGAGCCAUACCGGAAAGGAUGAGGGCUGUGGCUUACGACAGAUGGUCACAAAUCAAGGAUGUGAGGCCGGGAACUGUAGGAGAGUUUGCGAAGAGGAUGGGAAGAGCGCAAACGCAUUAGAGGACGAGAGGAGAUUGACAACUAUUAAGUCAAGUACGCCAUUUGUAUUUUCUUAGUUUUUAAGAUAUUAUAACCCCAUAAAAAAAAAAAGAAAAGAAGACAAUGUUUCGUCCUGGGUGGGACGACCCUACGUUGUGUGAUUUUAAUGGUGAUUCUCCGGGCGACGAAUA